AUGGCUCUGAAACCCUAUGGAGUCGCAGCAUCUACAUGCACGAAGGGUGUGCUUACUACGCUCGUUGAGAAAAAUGUCCCUUAUGAACUAAUUAACAUCGGCGUCUCCUCAGGAGAGCAGAAGCAGCUUCCACAUGUUGCAAAACAGCCGUUUGGGAAAGUCCCUGUCCUAGAAGAUAACGGUUUCAUUGCUUAUGAAAGCCGAGCCAUCUCGAAACAUAUCGCAAAGAAAUAUGCCGGACAAGGAACAAAGCUGAUACCUGCCGUUAAUGACGUAGAGGAAUAUGGAUCGUUUGAACAGGCCUAUUCUAUUGAAACAAGCUACUUCAGCCCGCCAACAGAAGGGAUUGCUGUUGAGAAAGUAGUCAAUACGCGAGCUGGUGAGACUGCUGUUACUAUUGCAGACGUCAAGAAUGAUUCGACAUCUGCGCUUUUGCCGGACUCAGUCUCGUUCUCGACGGCGCGGGCGGUGGCAGAGAAGACUGUGCGGAAGUGGGUCGAUCAGCUAGGUUAUUGA